UAUAGGUGUUGGUAGGUGACAAGGAAUGUGAUGUCAUGGAUGGUUUCUGUUUAUAUAUUACAACUAAACUUGCUAAUCCAAGAUAUACUCCAGAAAUCAGCGCCAGAUCUUCAAUUAUUGACUUCACUGUGACUAUGAAAGGCUUGGAAGAUCAGUUACUUGGUAGAGUCAUCUAACAGAAAAGAGUGAAUUGGAGUCAGAACGAACCAAGUUGAUAGAAGAUGUGACAGCCAAUAAAAGAAAGAUGAAAGAAUUAGAAGAUAACCUUCUGUAUAGACUCACCAAUACACAGGGUUCUCUUGUGGAUGAUGAAUCUCUGAUCAUUGUACUUGGUACAACUAAAUCCACAGCAGAAGAUGUGAGUCAGAAACUACAGACAGCUGCAGAAACUGAAAUCAAGAUUAACGCAGCAAGAGAAGAAUUUCGUCCAGUCGCCACACGAGGCAGUAUUCUUUACUUUCUGAUCGUAGAGAUGAGUCUGGUGAAUUGUAUGUAUCAAACGUCACUCAAACAAUUCCUUGGUGUCUUUGAUCUUUCUAUGUCAAAUUCUACCAAGAGUCCUAUCACAAGUAAACGCAUUUUUAACAUCAUAGAAUUCAUGACAUGGGCUGUAUUCAAAUAUGCCAGCAGAGGGCUGUAUGAAAAAGACAAGUUAACUUACACAUUGUUAUUGGCACUAAAGAUUGAUCUCCAUUGUGGGCGUAUUAAGCAUGAAGAGUUCCUGACACUUAUUAAAGGUGGUGCCUCUCUGGAUCUCAAAGCCUGUCCCCAGAAACCAGCUAAAUGGAUUCUGGACCUGACAUGGUUGAAUUUGGUUGAACUUAGUAAACUUAAACAGUUCAGUGAUGUCUUGAAUCAGAUUGGACGUAAUGAGAAAGCCUGGAAACACUGGUUUGACAAAGAAUCACCAGAGGAGGAAGUUGUUCCUGAUGGUUAUCAUAACUCUCUUGAUGUGUUUAGAAGAUUAUUGCUUAUCAGAUCAUGGUGUCCUGAUAGGACAUUGGCACAGGCCAAGAAAUAUAUAUCUGAGGCUAUUGGAAAUCAGUUUUCUGAUAGCGUUAUACUAGAUAUCCAACAAAUGUUUGAGGAAUCGGAUCCCAAAACACCUUUGAUAUGUCUUCUAUCCAUGGGUAGUGAUCCCACGGUCCAGAUUGAAUCACUGGCUAAACGACACAAACUUGAAUGUGGAGCCAUAUCUAUGGGUCAAGGUCAAGAAGUUCAUGCCAGGAGGUUAUUGGGUAGUUGCAUGAGUGGGGGAGGAUGGGUAUUACUGCAGAACUGUCACUUGUCUUUAAGUUACUUGGAUGAGUUAAUGGAUACACUUUUGGAAGCAGAAAGUCUCCAUGAUGAUUUCCGCAUAUGGAUUACCACUGAAGAACAUCCCAAAUUCCCAAUCACAUUAUUACAGAUGUCAAUCAAGUUUACCAAUGAACCACCACAAGGUAUCAAAGCUGGUUUGAAGAGAACUUACAAUGCCAUAACACAAGACCAACUUGAAGUGUCUAAUAUGCCACAGUGGAAACCAAUGCUUUAUGGUGUAGCCUUCCUUCAUACCACUGUACAAGAACGACGCAAGUUUGGACCACUUGGUUGGAACAUUCCCUAUGAGUUCAAUGCUGCAGAUUUCAAUGCUACAAUACAAUUCAUUCAGAAUCAUUUAGAUGAUAUGGAUAUUAAAAAGGGUGUCUCCUGGAAUACAGUACGCUAUAUGAUUGGUGAAGUACAGUAUGGAGGUCGUGUAACUGACGACUUUGAUAAACGUCUACUUCUCACAUUUGCAAGGGUAUGGUUUGGUGAAGUGAUGUUUUCACCUGGUUUCAAUUUCUACAAAGGAUACAUCAUUCCAAAAUGCAACAAUGUCGCUCAGUAUUUAGAGUAUAUCAAUAAUCUACCAGCGUACGACUCUCCAGAAGCGUUUGGCUUACACCCUAAUGCUGAUAUAACAUAUCAAAGUAACACUGCUAAGCAUGUAUUGGACACUAUUCUGAAUAUCCAGCCAAAAGAUAGCUCUGGUGGUGCAGGUGAAACAAGAGAAUCUGUUGUGCAGAGAUUGGCAGAUGAUAUGUUAGACAAGCUACCAGUUGACUAUGUACAAUAUGAGGUGAAAGAACGGCUACAGAAAAUGGGUAUUCUUCAACCAAUGAAUAUCUUUUUACGUCAAGAAAUUGAUCGUAUGCAGCGUGUUAUUACAUUAGUACGCAACACACUUAUUGACCUGAAACUUGCAAUUGAUGGUACUAUUAUUAUGAACGAGGCAUUGCGAGAUGCUCUUGACUGUAUGUAUGAUGCUCGUAUUCCUGAGAAAUGGAAGAAGAUAUCGUGGGUUUCAUCUACACUUGGUUUUUGGUUUACUGAGCUGAUAGAGAGAAACAGUCAGUUUGACACCUGGUGUUUUGGUGGUAGACCUAAUACAUUCUGGAUGACUGGAUUCUUUAACCCUCAAGGCUUCCUCACAGCUAUGAGACAGGAGGUAACAAGAGCACACAAAGGAUGGGCUUUAGAUAGCGUGGUCUUGGCCAAUGAUGUGACUCGAUUCAUGAAAGAUGACAUCUCUCAACCACCUCAAGAGGGAGUCUACGUAUAUGGGUUGUUCCUGGAAGGCGCAGGAUGGGACAAACGUGGUUGCCGACUGAUUGAACCCAAGGCUAAAGUUCUUUUUGAGAGUUUACCUGUUAUUCACAUCUUUGCCAUCAAUAGCACUGCUGGUCGUGAUCAGAGAAUGUACAGCUGUCCCAUUUACAAGAAACCAACAAGAACUGAUUUGACAUACAUUGCAUCAGUCGAUUUGAAGACCACACAGAACCCUGACCAUUGGAUCUUACGAGGUGUUGCAUUACUUUGUGACGUGAAAUAAGGUGUUGCACUACAUUGUUGCAUUACAAUAAAAUUCAUAAACUUAUUUAGAUAUAUUUAUAUGUCUAGUUUUUAUAUAUAAAUCAGUUUAAUAGUUAGUCGUUAAAUUGCCUACAUUUUUUAAGACACAAUAACAAUCCUGUUAUGGUAUGUAUUAUGAUGCUUAUAUUUAGUAACUUUUACAACAGUCACUCCCAUAGCAAUUGUUUUAUUAAAUUCACAGCAUGUAAUCCCUCCUAUUGUAUCAUAAUGUACUUAAUCUUUUUAGUUACAAUUGUAAAUAAUAGUACAUGUAAAUAGUAGUACCAGUAAGUUAAUUUGUGUUAAUAUACAUGUAUAUAUGUACUCAUUAAUACAAUGAAACACUAUCUGUUAUCAUAAUCUUCAAUGAUUGAGCUUGUCAGUUAAGUUCAUAGCCUUUGCAAAAUAUUUACAAGGUGGAUAAAUAUAUGAUACAGAACAUUAUUUGUUAGCUGGGCAAUAAUGUCAGCGUUUCUACAAUAAAAACUAUAAUCAUGUGCACACAAACUAUAUUUAUUCAGAACACUUGAUAGAUGUGAUUUAUGUCACAGAAAAAAGUAUAUUAAGAUUAAAUUAUUGACAUACUUUUAAAAUGCUAUAUGUUCUAAAACGUCAAUGAAAGUAACUAUUUCUAUGUGUAUAUUUUGGUUGCCAGAAUCAGACCACUAAUUAACGUUUGGUCCAUUUUUUCAUAGUCAAGUGAUUGAACACACAUAAUUUAGCACUUGCAUAAACAGAAAUCAUUGAACAAACAUCUUGUAGAAAAAAAUCAAUUUCACAGAGCACUAAGAUAUCAAUUUUAAAUAUAAUUCGCAUUCUGACAACUGAACACCAUUUUUACUUUCAAAAACCAUAGCCAUAUAUAAAAUGUAGUAUACUUUCUUGCAAGACGGAAUAGAUUGUUCAUAAUGUACAAGUAACUGGAGUACAUGUACAUGCAUGUUUAGGAUUUCUUGAGGAGACAUAUUUCUUUAUCAUUAUUACAAGCUAUUUAAUCUAAACAAUUAUCAGAAGAGAAUAAAAUAUAUUAUUAUUA